CAAAUAGCAUUACUCAAAAGUUUUUAGCUGAAGUGCGUUACAGAUUCGUCGGCAUAAACCAAAAUCCCACCCGACGCCAUCAUUCUCAUCCACGCGCAUUGGCAGCGCGUGCAAACAGAGGGAAAGAAACCUGGAAUAGUCAGAAUUUGGUGUGCAAUCCCUUCCAUGACACUCCAUAUUUCAGAAUUUCGAUCAAAAUUCCCGUUUUUUUAUAUUUUUGAAUUCCGAUCUAAACAAUUGAUAUCAUUCUAAAUUUGAUUUUUACAUUAUUUGGAUUAUACGCAAAAGGGGAAUUGAUCGAAGAUGUGGGUUUUUUACUUGAUCUCUCUGCCGCUAACCCUAGGCAUGGUGAUUUUGACUCUAAAAUACUUCGCCGGUCCGGAAGUGCCGCGUUACGUGUUUCUUACGGUGGGAUACACUUGGUUCUGUUCCAUUUCAAUCAUCAGCCUAGUCCCUGCCGACAUUUGGACAACAAUAAUUGGUCAAUUUAAUGGAGGCAUCUCUUUCUUUUGGAGUUGGUCAUAUUGGAGUACAUUUUUGCUUACAUGGCUUGUUGUGCCCUUGAUACAAGGUUACGAAGAUGCUGGAGAUUUUACAGUGAAGGAAAGACUAAAGACUAGCAUACAUGUCAACUUAGUCUUCUAUUUAAUUGUGGGUUCCAUUGGUCUUUUCGGACUUAUUCUCCUCAUUAUUAUGGACAAAAUUGGGAUUAGAGAUAUACUGGCUUUGGCAAUGGCAGGCUCAAAUACAUUUGGGCUAGUGACUGGUGCAUUUCUUCUUGGUUUUGGUUUAAGUGAAAUUCCAAAGAGCAUUUGGAGAAAUUCUGACUGGACUACACGUCAGAAGGUUCUGUCGCACAAAAUUGCCAAAAUGGCUGUGAAACUUGAUGAUGCUCACAAAGAACUAUCGAACACUAUAGUGAUUGCUCAGGCAACAUCUAAACAGAUGUCCAAGCGUGAUCCACUGAGACCUCUUAUGGUUGUCAUUGACAAUAUGUUAGUGAAAAUGUUCAAAGAAGAUCCUUCCUUCAAGCCACAAGGGGGUCAGUUGGGAGAAAAUGAUAUGGAUUAUGAUACCGAUGAGAAAUCAAUGGCAACUCUCAGGCGUCAUCUUCGGCAAGCUCGCGAAGAGUAUUAUCGAUGCAAAAGUGAGUACCUUACUUGUGUUACGCAGGCGCUUGAAUUGGAAGAUACUAUAAAGAAUUAUGAACGACGCAAUACAACUGGAUGGUUUGCAUCUUCUGUAUUUCCUUAUUUUGAAAUGAACACAUGGUUGCAGCGAAUGGGAAAUAUCGAUAAAGCCGUACCUUUUUUUGGGCAAGGAUUUAACAGAAUUUAUCCACUUAUUAUGGUUAUCUACACAAUCAUGGUUGCGAGCAAUUUCUUUAACCGGAUCAUCAGUUUCUUUGGCAACUGGAAGAUAUUUAGACUUCAAACAGAAGCAGAUGAUGUGGAUGGUUUUGAUCCAUCCGGAAUGCUUAUACUACAAAAAGAAAGAAUGUGGCUGGAACAAGGCCGUAAAGUUGGAGAACAUGUUAUCCCAUUGGCUAGGAAUUUCAAUGGUGUGAGCAUGGACCUGGAGUCUGGUGACAAUGACACUGAUAGACGUACAGUUGAAAUGAAGGUGGCAUCCGACUCGAACAAGGAGGAUAUGAAAGGAAGUACGUCAAAACCAUCAAAAGACGAGGCCAGUAGAUAUGCCGAGAGCAAAGAAGCCAUAAGCAGCAAAUAUGCUGCCAUGAGAGAACAUAACAAACAAGCAUCUAACACGAAACCAGUCGAGAAUAUUGCUGCAGCUAAGGUCUCCUUGCUCAAUGCUGGCAACUCUCAACCUGGUAACAGCUCUGGAAUUCCAUCGGGUUUAGCCUCAAAAUGGGCAUCAAUGAAGGCAGGUUUUCAAACUUUCAAGACGAACAUUGAAGCAAAGAAAUUUUUACCUUUACGUCAAGUUGAGGACACGAAACUCUUAUCUCGAGGUUCAUCCUCUGAAUCCCUGGACGAGAUAUUUCAGAAAUUGAAAAGACCUGCCGCAGGAAAUGGCCACUCUAGUGAUGGCGAUGAAGAUGAACAUGAUAUCAGAGUUUCUGGUCCUCGCAGAUAGCGUUGUCAAUACGUUUGAGUGAAAUGCAAUUGUGCCGUUGUUAGAUAGGGAAUUCGAGCUAACCCACGGGUGCAGGUCUCGGAAAAGGGUCGGUGCUUGAUAGCAAGUUUUUGCCCAUUCUUCGGCAGUUGUCUGAUAUAGGUGAAGGGAGCUCCUCGGGAUAAAAACAGGAAAAGGGGUAAAUAUUGAACCACAAAUUAUCACCAAUAAUUCUUUAGUAAAAUACUCGAAUGUAGAUGAACUGAAACAAGAAUUAUAUUACAGGAGUAUAAUGUAUAUGUAAAUCGACAUGAUCGUAUUUGAUUUGCUUUGUUUAUCGGGCUUAUGUUUUUUGGCAA